AACCAAUAUAUGAUCAUGUGGCAGCAAGCAGCUGCACACUUUAUCCUGGGUCGAACAAGGCAAGAGCAAUAUCCUGGGCCAAAAUUUACCCAAUAUAACGGCCCAUUUACGACAUUCCCAGCCCAGUCCGGCCCGCCCGAGAGCGUCCACAAAAGCCGCUGCCGGGUCGCCUCCUUCCCUUCCUCCUCCGUCAGGUCAACCAUCUCUUCGCAGAUCCACCUGCUCCGCCGCCGCCGCCGCCGCCGGCCUCCUCCGACCCGCGCGUCUCAGCCGUCGAGGAUGACAGAGGCACCAUUUGUGCCACGUGAGAAGCUGUUUAAGCAACAGCAAUAUUUUCAGAAUUUAACCAAGCACACCUACCUGAAGGGGCGUUACGAUGUGAUCACAUCUGUUGCCAUUCCCCUUGCGCUGGCUGGCACCAGCUUGUUCAUGAUUGGCCGUGGAGUUUACAACAUGUCCCACGGUAUUGGGAAAAAAGAGUAGGCGGUUCAGUAUCUCAACUUGGCAUGGAAGUGGUACCAUCCAGGCUACAUUGUCUUUGGUUGCAAAAUAAUACUGUCAAUCUGAGCACAUUUUGGUUCGCUUUGUUGUUAUUUGUUUAUAUCUGAUGUCAGCAAAUUGAUGCUAACUUAUCAGAAAUGUGAGAACAUUGGCAUCGUUGCAUUUCCCCAUUUAAUUGCAUGUUCCUGCUUUGUGUUUUCUUUUGA